AUGUUCCACUACUUUGCAUCAGCACCUCAUAGUUCCAAUCAGGAGGAUCAGCUAUUUUCCGGCUUUAUACGGUCAUCAAAUUUUGAAUAUACAACGAAAGCACAGUGCAGUUUUGACAACAAACCCUUGCGAUUAAAUGAUUCUGAAAAAACAGAUGAACAAAAGUAUGUUAAUAACUUUUAGAAGAGUUUUUGUUUUGUGUUACACUCAUAAAAAAAGUAUACAAUCAAAAUUUAGCUUGGAAUUCAUCUUUGACAACGAACAAAUCUCUGUUUUGUGCCAGGUACUCCAAAAUGGUGAUGAAAUAGAUCAACUGGUAUUUAUAACAAAAUUUGUAUUGCCGAACUCUUUUUACUAGUUUUUUCUUGUUUUAACGAUAUUGUUUCUUAAUUUUUAAAAUACAAUUUAUUGAAAUUAUUUAUAUUUUUAAUCACACUUCAUAUAGUCAAUUCAUGGUUUUAGGCGCAGUUUAUAUGGUCAAUUCCUGAAAAAGCAUGCUUUAAAUGUAACGAACACGUUCUUAAAUCACAAGCUUUGAUUGCAUUUCAUCGUCAUAAUUUUAAAGACUUGUAUCAUCUAUUGCAAUCGCACCACUUUUCACCAACACAUCACGAAGAACUUCAAAACUUAUGGAUGAAAGCUCACUACAUAGAAGCUGAAAAAAUACGUGGACGUGAAUUAGGUGCGGUGGGAAAGUAUCGUAUUAGACGUAAAUACCCGUUACCGAGAACUAUUUGGGAUGGAGAAGAGACGAGUUACUGCUUCAGGGUAAGCUCAAUAUACAUUUUAAACUAAUUCAUAACUGUAAGUAAGAAAUUAUAGAUGUUUUAAUUUAGAGCACUUUAAAUAAUAAAAAAAACAAAAAAAAACGUUUGGCUGAAACUUAAUAAUAAUCUUAAGGAAAAAUCAAGAGUUGUCCUUAGAAACUCAUACAGAAAAAAUCCGUAUCCAUCGCCGAAGGAAAAAAAAGAAUUAGCUGUUGAAACUAAUCUUACCGUAACCCAAGUGUCAAAUUGGUUUAAAAAUCGCAGACAAAGAGACAGAGCAGCUGGCGCAAAGUAA